AUGCGCUCCGGUAUCAUUUAUGCUGCAAUCUGUCUGUCCCUUGCCGCUUUCGGUCAGGCCAAACAGACAACAGUGACCGAGUAUAAAACCAUCACAACGACCAUGUACGACCACGAGACUGAUAUCGGUGCGCGACAUUUAAAAGAGGGUGGUGAAGCAAAGCCAACCCCAACACACGGUGUUGAUAAUGGCGGUCUCAGUGACGCACCUGGCCCUGCACCACAACCUACUGAGCCUCCAAAGGGCGGUCCCGAGCCUCCCAAAGGUGCUCCACAAGCUCCCAAGGGGGAUCCUAGACCACCUAUGGAUGAUCAACCUCCCAAGGGAGGACCCGAACCUCCUAAAGGUACUGAACCACCCAAAGGUCCUGAACCACCCAAAGGUCCUGAGCCUCCCAAAGGUCCUGAGCCACCCAAGGGCCCUGAACCACCAAAGAAUGACCAGCCUCCCAAGGGCGGCCCUGAAGCUCCAAAGGGUGGUCCUGAGCCACCAAAGAACGAGCCUGGCAAACCUGGCAAUGCUCCCCCUCCUCCACCAGCCAAGGGUACCAACACAACACCCGCUCCACCACCCAUCGGCAACAAAGUCAAGCCUAGCGCAGGUGCUUCUGCCUCUGGCAAGAGCAGUGCUACUGACUUUACGUUCAGCCCUAUUACAUUGGCACCCGAAAGCAGCCAGUCUGGACAUCCAACUUCGUUGCGUGAAUUGACUGCCAGCAACGGCGCAACGCACUCCUCUGCUAGCCAUAGUGAUGCAUCCAGCGCUCGCUAUGCUCUGUCGUUUGGUACGGUUGCAGGCAUGACCAUGAUGGGAGUUGUGGCUAAUGCUCUUGUCCAGUUGUAAAUUCCACCCCGUUUAUCACCCUACAUACCACACACUCACACACACACACACACAACAUUCUUC